AGGAAAACCGCCUUCAUGGACACGGAUACGUGGAGGAGUACUUCAGUUACAGACCAUCUGGGACUGCUCUCCCCAAGCAAUGGGCUCCCACUGACAUCCUGCCACCGGAGCUAUCGAGCUGUGUUGUGCACUGAGCUGGCGAAGCCACUGAUUAUUAGGACUAUCCCAUCGCCUCCUUUGCAGCCCGAAGAGGUCAGGGUUGGCAUCCAUUGCUGUGGGGUAAACUUUGCUGAUAUCUUGGCCUGCCAGGGUCUGUACCAGGAAAAACAUGCUCUUCCAUUCUCACCUGGAAUGGAGUUUUCAGGUGUUGUGAUGGAGACAGGAACAGAUGUCAGCACAGUGCAGAAGGGAGACAGAGUACUUGGCGUGACAAGCUCCAAGGCAAUGGCUGAGGAGUGCAUUAUUGAUCAGAAGAUGCUAUGGCAGAUCCCAGAUGGUGUGUCUUACGAACACGCUGCUGCACUGCCUGUGUCUUAUGGCACAGCCAGCUUGGCCCUUGAGCGAAGAGCACACACACAGCCAGGGGAAACAGUUUUAGUGACAGCAGCUGCUGGGGCCAUGGGACUUGCUACUAUUGAUAUUGCAACCAAUGUUUUUAAGGCAAAGGUGAUUGCAGCAGCUGGAAGUGAUCACAAAUGCAAUCUGGCACUACAGAAGGGUGCCACACACAGUGUAAAUUACAGCCAAAACAGCUUAAAAGAUGAGGUGAAGAAGCUUACUGAUAACAGAGGGGUCAAUGUAGCAAUAGAUGCUGUCGGAGGAGACAUCUUCAAGCAAGCGUUACACAGUUUGGCUUGGGAGGGCAGGAUUGUGGUGGUGGGCUUUGCUGGAGGAACAAUCCCCUCAUUUUCAGCCAACCUGCUGCUUCUGAAGAAUGUGUCUGCCAUGGGAGUAUAUUGGGGUCGGUACCGAGAAGAGGAGUUCCCUCUUUUUUCAUCCUCUAUUUCCUCUGCUCUUCAGUACUGCCAUGAGGGAAAGAUUGAACCUCAUAUUGGAGAAGUUUUCAAACUGGAGGAGGUAAAUGAAGCCUUUAGCCAUGUGAUUCAGCGUAAAUCCACUGGGAAGGUCAUCAUCUCAGUUAAAUGAAUCAGCCUGUUUCUACAGACACAACCCCCCUGCUGCUGUUAUACUGUUUUGAAGAGGAGACUAUCACUCUCAAAAGAUGAAAUAAUUAGCAUUGUCACUUUAACAUUUUUUAUGCAAGGCUCAAGUGAUUUUUCACAUGGUUUGUUUAUCAUCACCAGUAGCACAGAGGGGUUGGGAGUGGUUAUGAUUUAAUGGGAAAAACAUUUGCACUUUUGGCUUACUGUGGUGGAGGUGCAAUAGUGCUUGACAAACAGUGUGAGGAAUCCUAGGGUACAUAAGUCUUUGCUAUGACAAGAGAAGACAUGUGGAUAUGCAGUUGAUAUCAAUGUAAACAGAAUCUGAUUAAAAGUUUCACUGCUGGGAGAUAAUGUACUUACAGCCUCCUUGUGUUGUAUACCACCUGGGCUUCUUA